AUGUCAAUGGAAGAUGUAGAUUUCAAAAUGACAUUGGGUGAUACCAAAGUUAAUUGCAGUGUUUAUGCACUUCCUGCUGGGUAUCUUACUUUCGAAGCGCUUAACAAUGGAAGCUGGUCAUCUAAUGUUUCCACAGAGUUUUUGGCAGCAUACUUUUUAACUAAUUGUUCUACGAAAGAUUUGUCUAACAUAAUAUCGAAUACUAAUUUCACGGAGAUAGCAGGAUACAAGUCUGAUAAUCCAAUAUAUCAAGUUUAUAAAGAUGAGAAUAGUGGACAUGCAUUUAUUGCACUCUUAUUUACGGCUAGUGGAGCGUGUGCUUCUGCUUGGAUGCUUACAUUGUUGCUUUACUUGUCACCUAGACAUAAACGAAAGUCUUGGCUAGCGCAACUUGCAACUAUCAUUUAUGCAAUAGCUUUCACAAUUAUUCUUUUUAAACUUACCAAAAUAUCUGAAGUGGAAUAUUAUGAAGGAACUUUAAAUGUCAUUAGACUCACUAACUAUAUGUAUGAUAAUACGGAAAAUAAGGUAUUUCUUCCCCUUGCGCAGAUCAUCACUAAUCUUGCCUGGUUAGAGAUAGUCGAAUAUACAACACGGCCACGAUUCAAGCUUAUAACGGGUAUUAUAGGUUUAUGUAUCAUAAUCGUGAAUGCGGCAUUUCACAUUUUGAUAAGAUGCGAUUACAGCUCCGAAUAUGAUAUUGGCUCCUCAGGCGAAAAAUCGCGGUAUAGGCGAAUGCAGAUUGUGGAGACGGUAUUUCAAAUUGUUAUUGAUAUAUGGUUUCUGGCUAGCUUAUUCUACUAUACCAUUAUUUCAACAAAUCCGAGAAGAAUAAGUUAUUCAAAGAAAUUAUUGCCAAUCGCCUUGUUCAAUAUAUUUCUAAUUCUUGUGCAUAUCGUGGUCAACUUCCUCUAUAUUACGCUUUUCAGCAAUAAUUGGCCAGCAAUGAAGUGGCUCCAACUUAUUCCGAAAUUGGUAGAGAUUUUACUAGUGACUACAAUUUGGGAAUGGAUAUCAAAUAUAAACGUCUUAGAAAAAAGAUUUGAAAUGAUGGGUGUGUUAGGAAGAAGAUUAAGCAUCGAUGAUGUUCUUACUUCUCAAUUUCAUGGCACGAGUCUGCCUGGUAGUAGCCGUAGUUGGAGACGUGUGACGGGUCUAUCCUUUUUGCAUGAGUGGGCUAGUAACAGAAGAAAGAAAAUGGAAGCAAAAGAUGUAUCCGAUUCGGUGAUAAACAAAAUGUCAUCAUCGGAAUCUCUGAAAGACAUCCUGGAAGGGGCUACAGUGGCGCAGAUGUCUUCGAAUACUCUACAAAGGGCGUCGGAUCUAACUAGUGAAACGGAUCAAUCUCUUGGUAACUCCUCUGGAGACACCGGAGAUCUAGUGGGUGCUCAAAAUCAAAGCGCAGGUCUCGGAGGUCUGGCAGGUCUGGCAGGUCUGGAUCUCUCAACCGAAGAGCAAAUUGUAAUUGAUAAUUAUGACAUAGAGAGCCUGAAUCACGAAGAUGAAGUGCUGUCCCAAGGCGUAUCAGAACAGCAACCACCUCCUUUCAAUGCUCAUCGAGGGUUUAAUUUACAUGACUACUGGCAUGAUGAGAAAAUAUAG